AAGAGCGUUCAAUAACAUGUCAACCUCCGGUGGCUCCGAUGAAAUAGUCCUGGCAAGGUUCAGACGCAAGCACCACAACGCGCAAGGCCCCCAUGGAUCGAGAGUCGGCAAUCCCAGCUGGCAAUCCCCGAGACGGGACGAGCCUAAUAAUGCGAACAAUUCCAGUGUAAGGGAUGACCAAGUGCCAACUCCUGAACCUCACACCAAAUAUGCCUCAAAUGCUGGUCCCUCUCAGCCUAGGACGCCCGCCAAGGGUCCCAACGAUAAGUUUAAAGUUGCGCCCCCAGAAGCACUGGCAGAAUUGAAGAAGUACCAGCAGCAGGUUGUCAAGGAAGCGCACUUGAACAGGUUCAAUGACGAUAGCAGUCCUGAUAUAAGUCCCAAGUUCCUUGCUAGAGUUAGGGAGGGCCCUGGAACAGACCCAAAAAGUGAGAUAUAUCAGGAGAUAGAAAAUCGCCGUCACACUCCGGGAUAUCUUCCCACGAUUAAAGUAACUGCGGAUAACAGAAACGCUUCGCUGAAUAUCGAGAGUUGUGAUGAAGGCAGUGAAUCCGAGUAUAACGAGUUCGUAUUCGAGGAUGCUGCCAGAACAUCUGCCUCUGAAAGAUACAAGGCUCAGUGGAUUCUUUACGCGGACAGCCCCCGUGCGUAUCCCAAGGUGGAAAAUGGGAAGAUUGUUCUAUCCUCAGAGCCGACUCCAGGACAUGAAUACGUUCUUGUGGCACCCGAAGAGGACGGUCUCAAAUCGCAUCACCCACGCGCCAACAAACCCCAGGUAGGUCCUGAGACCCAUAGCUGGGCCGACGUGUUCUUCGCCGACUGGGAAUACCGCCCCAGAUCUUGCUCCAGCUACGAAGCGUUCAGAGACACAUUCCGUCGUUGGCUGGACGCAACCAUAGGGGUCUGCCACAAGGUCGACAUCUACCACCAAGCAUAUUUUGACGGGACCGCUCAUUCGGAUGGGAUGCGAUCCCUUUACCUUCCUGACAUCGAGACUUCCUUGGUGCUCCUUGACAUGGAAAAUGAAGAGACCCGUCUGCACGCACACGAAACUUCAGAAGGCUACUGCCACAAUCUGGAUCUGUACAUUAAAAAGGAGAAAGAGGCCGAGGCGACUAAGAAGAAAGCACAGCGACAGGCUUACUUGAAAGCCUCCCAGUAUGUGCCGGUUCCAAGCCCAAAAUCUCCAAGUGCAAAUGUUUAUCUGCGCCCAGUCAAAACCGAUGAUAUCCCCGGGCUUCUCGAAGUUUUCAAUUGGUACAUCAAGAAGACAACUUUGCCUACAAACAUUACCCUUAUGAGCUCGACGGAUGCACGCCAACUUAUCGAGAACUGCAAGCAAGAAAGGCUCCCAUUUCUGGUCGCUGCCGAACGCAGGACUGGACUGGCGGCCAGGAACAUUGAGCACAGUAACGAGCGGAUUUUUGGUUACGCCCUGGCGAAGGACUUUGUUGGCCAGAUGUCGACGGGUCGCUUCACGGUAGAACUACAGCUGUUCGUGAGAGAAGACAAAAAAUACAAGGGUAUCGGGAGAAGCCUCAUGGACAAACUGCUUGAGGUUUGCGAUGCUACAUACAACCCUCAAAAGGGCUACUUUUUCGAUUCAAGCCUUGAAGAUCGGCCUGGAUACUUCCCCGGAGGCCGUCGUAAGCUCGCUCGCCUCAUUAUCGCUUACACCUACCCAAACGAAGACGAAUUUGAGUACGAACAGAUCAAAGCGUGGCUCGGCAAGUAUCGCUUUAAAGAACAGGGCCUGCUCAAAGGAGUUAGGGUAAAGUUCGAGAAAUUUCUGAAUGUCAGCUUCCUCGUUCGCGAUGUGGGACCUGCUCCUGAUAGUCUUCUCGUCAGUUGACUAGACCCGCCAAACAAAGCAAUGCAAUCGAAGUUCACAGCGAAACUUAGGACCUCAACAUGUUCAUUAAUGAUAUGGAAAAGGUCACAUGGUAUGGCGGCUUGGCUCCAACCCCUGAGAAUCCGAGCCGCUGGUUAUAUGUAGAGAGAGAUAUAAUCAAUGGCAUCCGUUCCUUAGGCUACGUACGUGUAGUCAAUACAGCUUCAUUCUGC